AGCGAACCUGACUGAAGACACACUCAGCUCUGGGCAGUUUAACUAAACAAAUACUCACAGUCUGGUUGUGUAGCGUCGGGUUACAUUCAGCUGAAGGCUUCGUGUGUUGUUGAGGAAAACGAUGUCAAAGACGGAGUGUCGAGCCGCGAACGACAUGACGGAGGCGAUGGAGACAACGAUGCAGCGACUUCAGGGAAGAUUCCAGGCGAUUUCUGAACAGCUGGAGUCCAAACUCGAUCAGAUGGGAACCCGCAUUGAUGACCUCGAGAAGAACGUGGCUGAGCUCAUGACACAAGCUGGGAUGGAGGAGCAGCAGCCUGCUUCAAAGUGACAGUUCAUCUGUCUGAUGAGAUAUUUGCAUUCACCCUCCAAACACUGAGGAUGUUCUGCUGCCUUGCCAACAGUGAUCUCACUUUACAGGUGACUCCAACGAUCUACGCUGCACAGUCUUCGCCAAUCAUGAAAUGGGUUCGACAUCACUUAAAUGCUCAACUGGAUGUCUGUGAUUUACCAGGUGCUACCAUAGUAUGAAUUUUUUUGUUUUCAAAGCAUAUCAAAUAAGAAUACAGUCGCUUGGUUGGAGGUUCCCUGUGGAAAUUUAGUGUAAUCAACAAACAUGAUGUUCUUUACGUCUAAAGUCUUCUAACCCUCCCCCAAGAUCCAGUUUGUACUCUCAAGGUUCACAAUACUACCUCAUAAAAUACACCCUGGCCAGUUUAUUAGGGGCACUUAUGUAAUGCAUGUAACACACUCCAGCACAAGUGUUAAUGCAGCUGUAUGUCUAUUCUGAGGCCGUACAGUAGGUAGUGGUUGUAAACAUAUAAUUAAAUGCCAGCGUCAUUCAGAACUGAACGUUAUUAUUAAAGUGGAAUUUACGGCAGAGCUGUUCAUUAAACUUCACUAAGUGAGCAGAGAAGAUUAUUUUGAAGGCAUUUUUUUAUUAUCUUAGGACCUGCAGACUUUACUCACUAGUUUGCUCACUGUAUAUGUUGAGGUCUUCUCCUCUUUCACUGGCACAUUGCUACCUUUUACCACCAACACACUUACAUGCACAGUUUGUGUGGCCUCCUGUACAUGCUGACAUAGCUGUGAACGAUGCCGGGUGCUUCCUCUGACUAUUUGACUCCGUGGUCAAAUACUAAAGGGAGCCAUAAACAUACAUGGGCAGUAAAGUGCAUGUUCAAGAGCAUCGAGGUAUAUUUGAUCACCUUUCUGAUAAACUUCCAUCCUGCAUGCUUGUCAGGUCACUGCAACAUUUACUGGAAAUAUGUCACACAAGUUGACGACUCGUAAAUCCUGCCAGUGUGGGUACAGGGAUGGACCCAUUCCAGUCUUAGCACCAAAGAUCAAGUAUGUUGUCACGUGACCAGGCAGUCAGCUGUUGUCCGCAAAGAUGAGAAGACAGCUGAGCUACACUGUUCUUCAGCUCACACAUUUAAUCCUGGUCAGCUACGUGCACCGUGACCAACACUACAGUCAAGUGUGUUGUGGUUAAAAUCCUUAAAAGCACAUCUUAAAGGUUCUGUGUGCAACACUUGGAACCACUAGAUGUUGCUAGAGCUCCAGCAUCUCUGAAGCAAAACAAAUGACACACCGGACGCACCUCCACUCUUUUGAAAUGACAUUUGUACACAUAAUUUAAGUCAAUGACAUGAAUCCAAUUCUUCUUUUUAAAUUGUUUUGGUGUUUUUGCACUUUGGCUUUUCCACCACAGCGUGGGAGGUCACUCUAGAUCUCUAUCACCAAGAGGGCCAACAGUUUCAUAAGUAGGGAACCACAUACCAUCUGCCAAAAGACAACAGCGGGAGUGUGGCUUCAUUCUCUGCUAUUAUGUCGCUAUAUUUUUUAUGUAUCGAACAACUGAUUGCUGCUAUAUUAAUCCUGCAUUUAUGUUCAAAAGCUUGUUUAUUAUAUCUUUGUAACUAUGCACCAAAAAAAUCUUUUUUUAAAAACAAAUGUGUUGAACUAAUGUCCAAUAAUUCCCAGACUAAUCAAAUGACGAGUCUGCCAAAUGUUCUGUUUAGAACUGCUGCCAAUGUUGUUUAAAUAUUGUUUUUGCAGACAUGUAGGUCUACUGUUGUUUACACUGUGUAUUUUUCAGAUGAGAGUAAAUGUUUUGGGAGAAUAUGUUGUUAAUUAAAUCUAUGCAGUUAUUUCUUAGAUCAAUACAACAUGAGAUAAUGUGCAGUUAUGUCAUAUCAUUUCCUCUUACCUGUGUGACCUUUUAAUGGGUGUGGUGUUGCACUUAGAUUAGCGUCAGAGGGGUGAACUAUGCAGCAAGCUUCACAUAGUCAGGCUUUCUUUGUGUAAGCUGGCUCGACAAAACUUAAACCCCAAUCAGGGACAAUGAACAGUAGUUGCUAACCUUGUUGUCAUGGCGAGCUAUGAAACCUGAGCUCGCAUCUGAUCCUAAAAACGAAUAUUUAUGCAAUUUCUGUGCCAGCAACUACAUCCGUGUAGGUUCAUGUGGCAACAGUUUGUGCUGCUGUAAAUGCACAGCUUCGUUCAGUGGCAUUACUAACGUGCAGCUCAACAGGUUUGCAGAUAUAACGUACAUCCUUUAACUGAGCAUCUGGAGAAAAUACAGUCAAAGGAGAAGAAUUGGUGAGAGACAGGAGCUUUUUACAGCAAAUUCUAAACUCUGAACAAAACCUUCUCUAAUGCAGUGUUAGUUACCAUGGUGAUCCAGCAGGUUAAACAUACCUCACUGACUAAUCCAUCUUGCUCUGUGGGGCACCCCUCUGAUAGACUCUUUACCAAUGUACACUAAGAUUAACACACAAUAACCAAAUAAAGACUUUUUUUUCACAC